AACUGGUUAGGUCCUUCUGUAAUGACUGUUUCUGUCUUGCAGGAAAGGAUUUCAUCUGGGAAGCAGAGACAGUAACUGCAAAAUGAGCAUCACUGUCGAUCAGGACACAGACUACGCUGAACUGGUUCUGUAUAUAGGAGAAAUCACACUUGGAGAGAAGACCAGGAAAUCAAUGAAAGAUAGUCAACGGAGAAAAAGAGAGGCCAAAACUUUCCAACAGGCUGUGUGUACCCUGCUGAAUUCUGGAGGAGGUGUGGCCAAGGCUCGCAUUAAAAAUCAAAACUACAACUUCAGCCGAGAUGGAGUAGGACAGGAUUUGGAAAAUUUCUUACCUCAUAUCCUGGAUUUUCCUCAUGAAUACCUAGACUUCAAGCAGGUCAAAGACUACUUUUUCAUGUUUGUGAAAGCAUGGAAGCUGAAACAGAAAGGUCCAGGGAUCACCACCUUGAAAACCAACUUGUACAUCAGAAGCAUCUCAUCCUCAAUUGAACUGAAAGCAGUCAAUGCAGUGCAGUUCCUCAAAUCCAGGAAAUGUUCUAAAGGGAGAUCAGAUUCCAGACUGAGAUCACCUGGACCAAUCGUCUGUAAUGAAGUACUAAAUGAAUGUCUUAAGUUGUUUAACAGAGACUGUUUUACCUAUAAAGAGAAAUUCUGUUUCACUAAAGCCACACAUGCUGAAGUAAAAUUGACUCCUAAGAAAAACAUUUUAGAAAACCUCCCUCAAAUUGUUUCUUCAUUUGCAAACACGGAUGGGGGAUAUUUGUUCAUUGGUUUGGAUGGCAAAACCCAGCAAAUUAUUGGCUUUGAAGCAGAGAAGAGCGACCUUGUGCAUCUAGAGAGUGAAAUAGAAAAGUGCAUCCGACAGCUGCCUGUCACUCACUUCUGUGAGGAGAAGGAGAAGAUCAAGUACACGUGCAAAUUCAUGGAAGUGCACAAACCCGGAGCUGCGUGUUCAUACGUGUGUGCGCUCAGAGUGGAGAGAUUCUGCUGUGCAGUGUUCGCUGCAGAGCCCGAAUCCUGGCACGUGGAAGGCAGCUGUGUGAAGAGAUUUACCGCAGAGGAAUGGGUGAAACGCCAGAUGGAUGGCCCAGCAUGUUUCUCCAAGCAAGAUAAAGGCCCUCUUCAGUCAAGCCGACUGCCACACAGUCCCCAUAGCUGCUCUCCUUCUGACAAUCCUGAUGCUCUUCAGCAGAGUGCUCGCCUUCCAGCGAUAUCUGGAAAGGUGAUUGGCUCUCCAGAAGCCCUCUGCGGGAAACUGGUCUCACCACAGGAAGCGCAUGAGCAGUUGCUCUGGGCACAGUUGGACUCGCCUCCUAAUGGAACGCUGGUCGUCACUAAGAGAUGGGCUUUGGAUCUACCCUUGCAAGACAAGCACGGAGUCAUCUUGGAUACGCUUCAGAUUUCCCAGGACAGUCUCCUGACCCUGCAUGGCUUUGUCCUGGGAGAUGAAGACCUGGAAGAUGACAGCACUCUUCUGAGGGAACUAGGCGCUGAGUUAAAGGGCUAUUAUAGACAAACCGCCCUAACACUAAAGCAGACGUUGGCAAACCAUGGUAGUUACACUGAGAAAAUAGGUAUCGCGAUAAAGAUAACAUAUUUGGGUCAUAAUAAGGCAGUGUCCCUUUAUGAUUCAAGCUCGAAAAUAUAUUACCCCACAAACUAUUAUCUGACAACCAAGACAGCAAUAGACUUAGAAAAAGCUCUUGCUGAAAUCUUAGGGAGUCGUGAAUCUUUCUACAGUUUACCUAGGCAAAACUGUAGUGAUCAUUUUAUCUUUGCGUUUUUAAAAACAUGAAGUUAUAUAGUUUACUCUUUGAAGAAUUAUCCUAAAUCCUGUUCAAGCCUGGCUUUGACAUAA